AUGAAUGUACAAAGAUUGUUUCACAAAGUCUGCAGUCAAACCUUGGCCACCAAUGUGAGAGCGACUAUUUCCAUAUUUACUGUAAGAUUUAAACACAACAAAAAUGAGCUUGAUGAACACAGAGCAAAAAUCAUGAGUCGAAAAUUACCCGAGAAGAAACCUUUACCUGGUGUUAAAAGCAUAAUACUUGUUGCAUCAGGGAAAGGAGGUGUUGGUAAAACUACUACUGCAGUUAAUCUUGCAUGUGCAAUGAAGGUGAUUGAACCAGACAAAGAGAUUGGUCUAUUGGAUGCUGAUGUUUUUGGCCCAUCUGUUCCAAUUAUGAUGAACAUAAGUGGUGAACCUAUGCUCAAUGACAACAAUCUAAUUGAACCUCUUCUUAACUAUGGUGUGAAGUGUAUGUCAAUGGGUUUGCUUGUCUCUGGUGAGAAUGCAGUAGUGUGGCGUGGAUUGAUGGUGAUGCAGGCUUUGGAUAGACUGACUCGUCAUGUUGCUUGGGGCCCCUUAGACUGCCUUGUGGUGGAUACGCCGCCGGGAACUGGAGACACACAUUUGUCACUGGCCCAAAAUUUGCCCAUAGAUGGCGCAAUUGUUGUCACAACACCGCAGUCAGCAGCUCUUCAGGUCACAAAACGUGGGGUCAACAUGUUUGAAAAACUUAAAGUUCCUAUUAUAGGUCUUGUGGAAAAUAUGUCCCAUGCAAUGUGUUCAAAAUGUGGCACAAAGAAUUUCAUAUUUGGCAAUGAAACAAAGAAGACUGCUGGGGAGAUGGGUCUCGAAAUUAUUGCAAGUUUCGAAGUCGAUUCAAAUAUGUCAGAGUGUAUAAAUAGCGGUAAACCAGCCAUAUAUGCACUGCCAGAUAGCACCCAUGCAGAGAAGUAUAGGCAGCUAGCAAACAAAGUGUUUAAAUAUUUAGAGAAUAAGGAUAAUGUACAGGCAAAAGCCAAGGAACAG